GCAGACGAUGAUCAGGCCCAUUUGGGGAUCUUUUAUUAGGGCAGCUGAAGCGCAUGGUCCAAGCGAAGCGAAACGCGCACCCAGCCUCUGAUGGACUCAGUCUAAAGUAACAGUGGAGCUGUUAGGAAGGCAGUAAAUGUUUCUAACACGCCGGUCCCCGUCCUGACAAAAUGAACCGCUCGGAGUGGGGGCUCCACGCCGCUGGACAAAGAGCGUCUCCCAUCCCAGUCUUCGUGGCGCUCCUUUUGUUGCUGGAGAUCUGCAAAGCCCUCGGAUCCCCUCCUGAGUCAGGGAUUUUUCUGCAUGACCUGCCUCCAUAUCAAGUGGUUCACCCCACCAGAGUUGAUGCCAGAGGCCACUUCCUGUCAAACAUCCUGUCUCAUCAUGCCCGCCGCGUUCAGCGCCGGGAAACCUCCGAGGACAGAGUGGACACUCAUCGAGUCUUCUACCAGUUCUUGCACGCCGGCCACAGUUUGCACUUUAACCUCACUCUCAAUCCAAGCCUGCUGGCUCCAGGCUUCGUGACAGAGAGGAGGUACGGUGGCCUGGGAGGGGCCAAGAUCCAUCGCCCUGGAGCCCCCGGGUGUCAUUAUUUAGGCGAGGUGUGGGACAGGACCGCUGUUAAAGGGAACGCUGCGAUAAGCGCCUGUGAUGGACUGACAGGACUGUUUAAGUUGUCUGAUGAAGAGUUUUUCAUUCAGCCUCUGGAGAAGUCCCACGAUGAGACCUCAGCACCUCAAGCCCACGCCAUCUACAAACGGCACGUGUCUCCUCCUGCCCGCGGUCCAGUCAUCCACGCCAUCUCAGGGAAACCAGGUCUCAACGGCACCUGUGGAAACCAAAAUUCCCAUAAAAGUUCGGAAGACAUCGAGAGUCACCGGGAACGAUGGGAACGUCGUCAUCAUAGGCGGCGGCGAAGAAUUCAUCAACGCUCAGUAAGCAGAGAGAAGUGGGUGGAAACUUUAGUGGUGGCGGACUCCAAAAUGGUGGACUAUCAUGGGAGCAAAGCGGUGGAGGACUAUGCCCUCGCUAUCAUGAACAUUGUGGCGGGUCUCUUCAGAGACGCCAGUAUCGGGAAUGCAAUCAACAUUGUGAUUGUUCGGCUCAUCCUUCUGGAGCAGGAUGAGGAUGACCUAAAGAUUACCCACCACGCUGACAACAGCUUGAGCAGCUUCUGCAAGUGGCAGAAAAAGCUCAACAUGAAAGGAGACGAACACCCGCUGCACCACGACGUGGCUGUUCUGCUCACCAGGAAGGACAUAUGUGCAGCCAUCAACAUGCCAUGUGAGACUCUGGGACUGUCUCAUGUGGCGGGAAUGUGUCAGCCUCACCGCAGCUGCAGCAUUAGCGAAGACACGGGGCUCCCCAUGGCCUUCACUGUGGCACACGAGCUGGGACACAACUUUGGGAUUCAGCAUGAUGGCAACGGUAAUGACUGUGAACCCAUUGGGAAACGACCUUUCGUCAUGUCUCCACAGCUCCUGUACGGCACCUUCCUGCCCCAGUGGUCCCGCUGCAGCCGUCAGUAUAUCACCCGCUUCCUAGAUCGCGGUUGGGGGUGGUGCCUUGAUGAUGCCCCUGUAAAGGACAGCCUGUCUCUACCUUCACUGCUUCCUGGUGUCCUGUACAGCGCGGUCCAUCAGUGUCGCCUGCAGUAUGGAUCCGGGUCUCGUCUCUGCGAUGACGUGGACAAUGUAUGCAGCACUCUGUGGUGUACCGUCGGCUCAACCUGCCACUCAAAGCUGGAUGGCGCCGUGGAUGGAACAAGCUGUGGGGAGGACAAGUGGUGCAUCAGUGGGGAGUGCGUACCAGCAGGAUAUAGGCUGGAGAAAGUGCAUGGCGGCUGGGCUUCGUGGAGUGAGUGGUCAGCUUGUUCGAGGACCUGUGGAGCUGGUGUCCAGAGUGCAGAGAGAGACUGUGUUAACCCUGUUCCCAAACACAGAGGGAAAUAUUGCCUUGGAGAGCGACGGAAGUACAGGACAUGUACCAGCGCGCCGUGUCAACCCGAUCGGCCUUCCUUCAGAGACAUUCAGUGUACUCACUUCAACACUCUGCCAUACAAGGGCAAGUUUUACAAGUGGGAGGCAGUUACUAACAAAGUCAACCCGUGUGAACUGCACUGCCGUCCGCUCAACGAAAACUUCUCUGAGAAAAUGCGAGACGCCGUUGUCGAUGGGACGCCGUGUUACGAGGGCAACAAAAGCAGAGAUAUGUGCAUCAACGGCGUUUGUCAGAAUAUCGGCUGCGAUUAUGUGAUUAACUCCAAUGCUGUCGAGGAUCGCUGCGGCGUCUGCAAUGGCAACGGCUCCACCUGCACAACUGUCAGGAGGACUUUUGAAGAGAGCGAAGGAAUCGGCUACGUAGACAUCGGACUGAUCCCAGAGGGAGCCUGGGACAUCCUGAUUGAAGAGGUGGCUGAAGCUGGGAAUUUCUUGGCACUGCGUAGCGACAACCCCGGCAAGUAUUUUCUGAACGGCGGCUGGACGAUCCAGUGGAACGGGGAAUACAAGGCGGCAGGAACGGUAUUCACCUACGAGAGAACAGGACACCUGGAAAAUCUGACCUCUCCAGGGCCCACGAUGGAACCGCUGUGGAUUCAGCUUCUCUUUCAGGAGCCCAAUCCAGGAGUGCGAUACGAGUACACAGUCAGUCAAAAUUCUUCAGAGGAUGACAAGAUUCCCGGGCAUGCUUACUUCUGGAAAUACGGAACGUGGACCGAGUGCAGCGUUACUUGUGGAAGAGGUGUUCAGAGGCAGACUGUUUACUGCGUGGAAAAGACGACCGGGAUAGCUGAGGAGCGUUUCUGCGACCCCACCACACGGCCUGAUGACAACCAAACCCGCUGUCACAGGGAUCCAUGUCCUGCAAUAUGGUGGGUUGGAGAUUGGCAUAAGUGCUCAGCAAGCUGCGGUAGCCUGGGCCAGGCCAUAAGGAAAGUACUUUGCAUCCAAGCUGUGAGCGCAGAAGAGCAAGAAGCUCUGGAUCCCAGCGACUGCAAGCACAUCCCCCAGCCAGAGUCCAUAUCCGCCUGCAACACACACAUCCCCUGCCCUGCAGACUGGAGCGCUGGCAGCUGGUCAAAGUGCUCCGUCACCUGUGGUCCUGGACUGCGGCACCGUAAUGUUACCUGCUCAAGAAACACUGGGGUUGAUUGUGAUCCUCAAAACAAACCGUCGGCUGUCACGAGUUGCCAGAUUCAGGACUGUACCCAGGUGUUGGAUAAUUUCGGAGGCAUCGAAUGGUCCGGCAGUGGCUGGACGAGCAAAGAGGUGCUCAAUGAAAUAAACGUUAUUCCUGUAGACAAACUGCCCCCCAAUUACAGCACCACAAGAGAUCAGCCGAGGAAUCGGAACGACCAUAAUUACGUCGUUGAGGGAGAUUUUCACUACCACAAUAACAUUGAGAAUAACCACCAAAACAAUAAAGAUAGUGAACCCUUUCAUGAAACCAGUGUUCACAUUGAUGAUUUUUACUACGAUUACAACUUUAUCAACUUCCAUGAAGACUUAUCGAAAGAACUUUGGAGCUUUGAGGAGGAAUCUGAGGACAGCCACAGUCUCAGCUCUCCACAGGAAGUCAAGCCAACCCACAGUAUGAAAGAAAAUUCUUUGACAGAAACUCCACAAGCUCCCACAGCUACUUCACCUGCUACGACAAUUACAGAGAUCCACCCUUGGAAAACGGAAGAGCCGCAGAGCAAAAAAACAGAUGACAGAAAGACUGAGUCUGAGCAAGUAAAUCAGGAUGAAAUAAAUGACUUUCUCUAUGAAGAUCACCUUCUUCCUGUGUCUGCAACCCGACCACCGCCAUCUGUGACCCCCCAUUCACAAACUGCAAAGAAAGUUAAGGGUCGGUGGCCUGAAAACACUGGCACAAAGCAGCCUGUAGAGGAUGAAACAUGGGAUCAGUCUGGGGAGGAGGUGGAAAAUAACCACAGCAAUAUCAGUGAAGAGGAAAAUCACUUUAACCGUCUCGCUGCGACCCCAACACACAGUACUCCUGCUGCCAGACAUCAAACCCCUGAUGUGGCUGCAAGAUUGAAUGCUCGAAAGGCAGGCGAGGCAUCUCAUCACACAAAGAGGCAGAGAGUACAGAACAUGUUGGCUCUUCGUUGCCAGAGCAGGCAACUCGGGCUGUGGCUGAACUUGACAGUAAUGUUUCAGAAAUACCUCAAACAACCAGUCGGUACACAGAUAUUCCAGGUGGUUUUACGGCGGAAGAUUGGGACUUGAAUCAGAAUCACUUUGCUACAAGUGAUGGUAGCUUCUGGGAUACAAAUGUUGGGCUCAGCACAUCAUCACCUCUUCUCUCUGAGAAACCCUUUCCUCCCCCCAUUCCCCUCCUUGUAAACUCAGGUAAACGAGACCCAUCUGAUGACCUCAUGCCUUCAACUGAAAGAGAAGUCAGAGCGGAUAAAAGCCUUCAGGGAGCUACAAAUAUUCCUCCAGAUGUACAACAGAUACCUCAGUACGCUGAGACAACUGGAACAGACCCCACAUUCCAGCCUCCUCUGUUUCGUCUUUCUGAUUUUGAUUACAAUGAAGUAUUCGUUCCCUCAGUGGUGCCAAGCAGCGAUGACAGUCCUCCUGGCCCUUCGUACCAGUCAAAAAUCACGUCAGCCAUUCCUAAACUCAGUUCAGCUCCUGCGCAGCACAUAAAGUCAACUGCACCCAAUGCUCCAGCUCUCCCGACUCCAUCUCCAGCUCCAAUUCUGCGUCCAGUCCAAGCUUCAGCCUCCGCAGGGGUCAAACGUGCUGCCUUCUGGAUUGCUGGGAACUGGAGCACUUGCUCCACUAGCUGCGGUCUGGGAGCUAUCUGGAGGACUUUGAUUUGCAGCACCGGCUCAGAAUCUGACUGCGACCGGGCCAAGAGGCCUGCACCUGCCAGGCAGUGUUACCUGAGGCCGUGCUCCAGGUGGAAGGUCGGGGAAUGGAGUACGUGCACCAAGAGCUGCGAAGGUGGAAUGAAAUUCAGAGAGGUCCUGUGCUUUGACCUGAGAGAUCAAAGACCUCUUCGACCUUUCCACUGCCGGGCCAUGUCCAUCAGGCCAUUAACACAAAUGUCCUGCAACAUUCAGACAUGCCUGGACUGGUACACCUCCUCCUGGGGCCAGUGCUCUGAAGUGUGUGGAGGCGGUGAGCAGCAGCGCAUUGUCACCUGUCCAGAGGAUGAUCGAUGCGACCGAGACCUUCAGCCAAGCACUAUUCAGCCCUGCAACAGUCAGCCUUGUGCUCAGUGGCUCACUGGAUCGUGGGGACAGUGUUCAGCUUCUUGCGGGGGAGGACUGCAGCAUCGGCUCAUCAAAUGUGUCGACACAAAGGCGGAGGCUUCAGAAGAGGUGGAUCAGGCUCAGUGUGACCAGAAGCUAAAACCUAACAGCACCCAGAGGUGUAACUUACACGACUGCAAGAGUGCUUCCUCUGGCGCCGUGUGCCACCACGACCGGCUGACGUCUCGUUUCUGCCUGACCCUGCGCUCGCUCGGCCGCUGCCGCCUGCCCAACAUGGGAGCGCAGUGCUGCAAGACGUGCGGUGCCUACCAGCAUCAGCGGCACGUCUCGCCGCUGAGGUCCCUCUGUCCCCGCGUGCUUCACCCACGGGGUAACAAACCACAGGUCACUACAAGGAGACAGCCGUUGGCGAUCUCUGCUGAGCAACAGAUUAAUUAGCAAUCAGGCACAGAAAGAUGCGCUGGACUGAAUGCAGCAAACCAAGAAUGUAGAUAUUUGGGUCCGCACUUUUGACGUAAUUUGCAAUUUGACGACGUCUGCUUCGCAGAGUAUAGUGUUAUACUUUAGAUAAAAUUCUUCCAGUGUAGCCAGUUACAAUGCUUUAAUAUACAUAUAGAUAAGCCACUAAUUUCCAUGUUUUCAACUGUAAUAUUUGUUUUUAUUUAACGACAGCAGCAGAACCUUACAACAUACAGCUCAGUGGUUUUCAAGACGUGGUACACAUGUUGGGAAGCGAAAAAGAGAUGGUGCAUAACUGAUAAUUCAGUAUUUCAUUGAAUCCGGUGCUUUUGCCAGCUGCAGUUCUGUUUUACUUAUAAUCAUUCAUUUUGUAUUGUGGGCCUUACACACUUUACCUGCUUGACCAUAUUUUGCCAGGUUAUCCUUUUAAGUGUUUUGUUGCAUGAUGUAAAAGUAAAGGCUCACGCUACCCAGACAGAAUUGUCACGUUAUCAGCUGUAGGACAGCAAGAGCUCACAACGUGUGAACAGGGCCUAUAAUUCACAACUGCAUCAAUUUGUGGGACUUAUUUUAAUGCUGUAUAAAAGUAAGAGGAAAUGUGCUGCUCUGAAUCAAAACUUCCAUCCUAAAGACUCUCUAAAAGCACGCUUCCAUCUCAGGAACAUUUUCCAGGAACCACGGUUGCUUUCUGAGACCUUUCUUACCCCCCCUGUGCUUCCAUGGCCUUUACCUGGGUAAAAAUGGACAAAAGUUGAAUGUUUGUCCAGGGAACGCUGAGGUUGGCGAACAGUGCUUGUUUUAUCGACGGUUAAAUUCAGUUUUAUUAAUUUUGUAGUGAACAGCUAAUCCUUUCUGUAUACUUUUAACAGAUUUUUAAAUAAUCUGUGUUUUACAGCUGGGAAAAAAAGGGAGUGUGUCGUCAAUUUCAAUUCAUAUUUUGGGGGUUAAGCCAAUGAUAUAAGGCACAACCAAAAACAACCAAAAGCCAAAUGGAUCCUUAAGAUUUUUAGUCAGUUUUUUUUGUAAAUAAUGCGCCGCUACGUUUAGCAGGAGGUUUAUCAGUUUGUUUAUCUGGAAUCUUCUCUCAGGCUUUUGAAAUUAUCACAGGUUUAUAGCUAGAACACCGGGUUUUGCUUCUGACCCUUUUAAAUCAUUUCUGACCUGUGUGCAGCGAUGGAGCAAAGAUGUAUGUGACGGCAAAAUCCCUUAAAGAUUUUAUGUUGGCUACACCUAGCGAUAGUUUGUUGUGAACUCAUGCAAGUUACACAGUGUGUAGUACACUUUGUGUGACAGAAUCAUUGGUUAGAGUUAUGUUGUUAAAAAAAAACAUUCUUUUUUUUAGUUUCUGAAAGCUGAAACCACCUCACUUCUCCUUUUAUUAAUAUUUUAGAAACAUUCCUGUAACAGGUUGAGCUGGAUCACUGGUUGCAUGUGGUCUUUUUAUCUACCAAAGAUUUGAAAAUGGGAGUUCCUUUCAAAAGGAAAUGCUAAUUAUGAUCUGAAUGAGUUUGUAUCACUUUAACUCAGCCUUCAGAUUUUACAGGAUCAGUUCUGGCACUUUCCCAGUUAAAACAACUCUAUGAAAGAUAAAAUAGUCUCGGGGAUUUUUAUUGGUGUGCCAACUUUGCAGCUUUUCAUAAAACAGAAAUAAUGAUUAUAAGAGCACACUUCUGAAAUGUAAUUGUUAAAAGCUCCUCUUCUGAUCAUCAUAAUUUUGAGCUUCAACUCUUCCUAAGAGUAUAUGAUGUAUAUUAUUCAUAUGUGAUCCAGAUAUGAUCACAUCUGAAAAAAGAAAGUGAGUCUAAACUAUGUCAGAUGAGAGCUGAAAGUGGAAAAUGUGUAUUUAUCUCUUUAUAGAAGUGAUUCUUUAGAAAAACCAGCAGCACACUGAUUGGUGUUCAUAAAAUACAAAACAAAUUGUAAUUGCCAUCAAAGGAUUAUGUUUUGGCAUCAGGUAUCCAGCCGAAUGGUGGCCAGAGCUGAAAACUGGGAAACAAGAUUCAGAUCAAGUGCAGGCUUAUUAUUUUCUGUAUUUACUAUUGAGCAGGUAUCUGUGGGGAGUGCAACAAUCCCACUAUCAGUAGCAUGAAAAUGGAGACAUAACAAUAGUAGCACAAAGCUAACUUAAAAGAAAGAUAAUUUAAGCUCAUUUAUAAGAAAGAUAAUUCAAGAUCAUUAUAAUUCCAAUUUGAAAACAGCAUUUUAAAUUAUUGAUUAUAUUUGGAUGUUUGUUUUGCAAAAAAAAAAAGCAGAUUUUAUUUGUGUAGAUUGUGUAGAUAAACUGUCCCCCUGUGAUGAUAUUCAACAGAGACUCUGAACACCAUAAAGGAGGAGUCCAACACUUUAUGUAAAAGAUGUUAAAAACGAUUAAAUGGGUUAAAUAUCGGUUUCCUGGUUUCCCAUAGAACCCUUAAAAAGUGUUCAGGAUCCCAGCUCAGAUACGGCCCUGGAAGCUCUGGGGGGACCUAACCUGUAAAGGAGUCAAACGUUUGGAGUCAGCACAUGGAGGUUAUCAGAGAUAUUUCACUUAAAGCAGCAUCCGCACUGGCUUCAUCUCUAAAGCUCAGUGAAAGCUCAGUGGCUUUGUCCAGCUGUUAUAUGCAGUCUAUGAAGCAGAAACAAAUUCCUACAUUCAAACCCUUUUUUUUUUAUUAAGCUUUGGUUUCUCAGAGUAUUCCUCUUUCUGCUAUUUCUGUCAUUUCUCUCAGUUCAGAAAAACAGCAGGCGGUGUAACACCGCAGUCAAACACUGAGGGUGUGCUUUAUCAUCUGUUGUAGCUAGUAGAAAGCCUACAUGAAAUCGUUUUAGACAUUACAGUUGUCACACUUUGGCUUUACCACACAGGUUUUCAAAACUCUCAGUGUAAACGUUAAAAGAAGCUGCAGGAAAAACAUGGUGCUAGGAGCUGUAUAGGCUCCACUUGUUCUGGUGUCAGUAUCGGGUAUUGGCAGGCCCAGUGCCUUUUCUACUUGAGUAGUGGAUCAUUUGUUGUUUUUAAUCUUUGCUAAACACUUGGUUUGAAGUAAAAUUAGCAUGUUAGAUUACUGGUUGUUUUAAAUUGGUGCAAAACAAAACCCAAAAAAUACCAUCAAACUACAUUAUAUCACAUCAUAUAAUUUUAAUGAGUAAAAAAAAAAUGUAAUAUACCAUAUAUGUACAUGUCUUUCUUUUUUCUCUCUUUUUCUUUCUGUUUUGAAAAUGUACCUUUUCUUUUCCCACAAAGUUGAGAACCAGCUGGGAUUUAUGUGUCUGAUCCCAUCACGGCAGCAGUGGUACCUUCAUAUGUUUCUGCAUUUUCUCCCUUUUAACAUUUAAUAUAAACCAAGUCAGACGUGGUGGAACAUGUACACAUAUGCCUCUUUCAGAUGUAACAUGACAUCUUUGUACCUCUGCUCUCGUAUAACUUGAUGUAAUGAUUUUUUUUUUUAAACUGAUGAAUAUUUUCAGAGAGAAAAUAAUUUUUAAUAAAAAAAAACAUGGUCUGUCUAACCACUGUUCCUUCUUCCUGUUCGGCAACUCUUGUGAAAUAAACAAUUCUCCUUUUUACAAAACCGC